AUGGAUGAACUUGAGAAACUGCGCCAUUUAUCACUCGUAUCUAAGGUCUGUGUUGAAAUGCAGAAUCAUCUGGGCACCGAGGACAGAGGUUCGGCAGAGUUUCUAAUCUCUCUAGUUCACGAGAGCCAUGACUUGAUGUCGUUCCGUACAUUGGUAGCGUCUGCUUGUGGAAAGCCACUUCCCGACGCCCUUACUGCUUCCAUUUACCGCUCAGUGCCGCGGACAUUUACACGGCUUCCAGAGGACGCGGCAGCACACAAUCUCGCAGCGAAGCAGACAGGUUUCACUACACAGGCGACUGAUUCAAGAGGUUUUCUCGGAUCUGGAAUUGACAGAGAGCGGGUACUCAAAGCAUCAGAGAACGAGAACGAUACGAUAAGUUCUAGGACUCAUCCUUCCAACCCAACUGGGGCGAGUUCCCGAGAAUCCGUAUUGUUUCCGCCUUCGAACUUAACUACCACAGGAUGGACAAAAAUGGUUGACAUAAAGCGGGAAGAAAUCACUGCCGGUUUACUGUUGCGUGGUAAAGUCGUGAAUCUGCGCGAGUAUGGAGCAUUCAUUAGCCUAGGUAGGAACGGUAGCGCUGGAGAAGGCCUUGCCCACAUUGCAGAUAUUCACCCACAUGGCCAUCGAAUACGCCAUCCUUCGGAGCUCUUAUCCAGGGGACAGUCUGUAUGGGUGAAAGUCAUUCUAGUGGAAGAGCAACGAGUAUCGCUGUCUAUGGAAGGCAUCGAUCAAAUGACUGGAGACCCCUUGGAACCCAGGCAGACUAAUGCCGCAAACCGAACACCGCUGCGAACAGACGUAAUUACACAGAACACAGCAAGGGGAAGGGCAAGGGGUCCCCAUAGAGGACAAGAAUCUGUGAGUGGAAUACCGAGAUCCUUUAUGCAAGAUAGACAGGGUGAGCUACGACAAAACAGCGGAAGAAUGAGGCGUCGCUUACCUGAAACUGAGCAAUGGGAGCUCACACAACUCGCUAAAAUUUUACCACAAAGAGAACUCCAACAGCAUAUGGGGGGACUUCCAUCAUCUCCAGGGAAUGUGGAAGUACCUACCAACGAGAUGGCUAUCUUGUUGGGAGAUGAGGAAGAACAAGAGAACGAAGUGGAGAUUGAGCUGAAUGAAGAUGAACCCGCUUUCCUUCGAAGUUCCGCGGCGGGUCAUGGUGUUUCCCGUGCCCAACCAUUAUCUCCGGUACGCAUUGUGAAAAACCCUGACGGAUCCAUGCAAAGAGCAGCCAUGACUCAAUCUGCCCUGGCAAAGAACAGAAGAGAGGAGCGUGACCAGAAGCGCGCUGCACUAGAAAACGAGAUGCCUUCUGAUCUCAACCUCGCGUGGCAAGAUCCUGUUUCAGGAGAGCGACACGUUGCUGCUGAACUGCGUGGGAGUGCUGCAGGCCCCUCCGAAGUGCCUGAAUGGAAGCGCAAGGCUAUGGGAGUGGCACCCAGUUUUGGAUAUGCCAAGCAAAUUGACAAGUCAAUUGCAGAACAGAGGGAGUCGCUGCCAAUAGCCAGAUUGAAAACGCAAUUGCUGCUUGCCAUCCGAGACAACCAAAUAUUGGUUGUAGUUGGAGAGACAGGCUCGGGCAAGUCUACACAAAUGACUCAGUAUCUGGUUGAGGCUGGCUACACCAAAAACGGCAAGAAAAUUGCAUGUACACAGCCGCGAAGGGUGGCAGCUAUGUCUGUAGCAAAGCGAGUAGCAGAGGAACGAGGAUGUCGUCUGGGUGAGGAGGUCGGGUACUCUAUCCGCUUUGAGGAUAUGACGUCCGCCGAAACUGAGAUUAAGUACAUGACGGAUGGCAUGCUACUGAGAGAAGUCUUAACUGAUCCAGACCUCGCUCAGUAUUCUGUUAUAAUGUUGGAUGAAGCGCAUGAGCGCACGAUUGCCACCGAUGUGCUCUUUGGUUUGCUAAAGGACUGUAUUAGCAAAGGCCGAAAGGAUUUGAAGAUAAUAGUGACAUCGGCCACUCUCGAUGCAGAAAAAUUUUCUACCUACUUUCUUCACUGCCCGAUUUUCACAAUUCCUGGCCGCUUGUUUCCCGUUGAAGUGCUGUUUGCGAAGGAACCGAUCAGUGACUAUAUCGAAGAAGCUCUGAUGACUGUGAUAAGAAUUCAUAUGACAGAACCUGCUGGUGACAUCUUGCUGUUUCUCACAGGACAAGAGGAAAUUGAUACCGCUGCCGAGAUGUUGUAUGGGCGCAUGAAAAAGAUAGGAAAGAAUGUUCCCGAAUUGAUCAUACUCCCUGUUUACUCCGCGUUACCGUCUGAAAUGCAGACACGCAUCUUUGAUCCCCCUCCUCCGGGUAGUCGAAAAGUGGUGAUUGCCACGAACAUCGCAGAAGCCAGUCUAACCAUUGAUGGUAUACUUUACGUGGUGGACCCCGGUUUUGCGAAGCAGAAAGUGUAUAAUCCUAAAUUGGGGAUGGACUCCUUGGUCGUCGCACCCAUUUCUCAGGCGUCAGCACGCCAGAGAAAAGGCAGAGCAGGUCGUACGGGACCAGGAAAAUGCAUAUGCUUGUAUACUGAAAGCGCUUACAUGAACGAAAUGCUUCCCACAAGUGUUCCAGAGCUGCAACGAAGCAACCUUGCUCACACUGUACUCACCCUCAAAGCAAUGGGGAUCAACGAUUUGUUGGGCUUUGAUUUCAUGGACCCUCCUCCGGCGCCCUAUCUCAUCUCGGCGAUGGAACGACUUUAUUCCUUGGGGGCCCUCGACGAAGAGGGCCUACUGACCAGGCUGGGUAGGACAAUGUCACAGUUUCCGCUGGAUCCCAUGCUCAGCAAAAUGCUACUGGCAUCUGUAGAUCUGGGUUGCAGUGAAGAAAUCCUCACAGUUGUUGCAAUGCUUGGCGUGCAAAGUGUAUUCUAUCGACCGAAGGAAAAGCAAGGUCACGCAGAUCAGAAAAAAUCAAAAUUCCAUCAACCGGAAGGAGAUCAUCUUACGUUGCUCACCGUGUAUAAUCAGUGGAAAAACAACCGGUUCUCAAGCCCAUGGUGCUAUGAAAAUUUCAUUCAAGCUCGGUCUUUGAAGAGAGCCCUGGAUGUAAGAAAGCAGCUGGUAACAAUCAUGGACCGAUUCAAAUUGGAUAUUGUUAGUGCAGGAAGAAACUAUGUGAAGAUACGAAAGGCCAUUGUCUCUGGCUUCUUUGCACAUGCAGCUAAGAAAGACCCGCAAGAAGGUUACCGCACGCUUGUCGAUGGGCAGCAGGUCUUCAUACACCCAUCCUCGUCUCUAUUCCAUGCCCAACCAGAAUGGGUAAUAUAUCAUGAAGUUGUUUUGACAACGAAGGAGUACAUGAGAGAAGUCAUGGCUAUCGAAUCGAAAUGGCUCGUUGAGCUUGCCCCAAGAUUUUUCCGGAGGGGCGAUCCGAGCAAAAUUUCACGGAGGAAACGUCGCGAAAAGAUAGAACCGCUCUUCGAUAAGUACGCCCAAAAUCCAAAUGACUGGAGGCUCAGCAAGAGACGAAGAAUAUAA